AUGAAUUAUGGAACAUCUGAUCUGAGCUCUUCUUUUUGUCUUGCUUUGCACCUGACUUGUGCACCUCAGACCGAAAUCGAGGACCUGGUGGACAACAAAAAGAUGCACACCUUCCGACUGACCAAUAAAGAGGGCCGCACAGACUUUGCAUGCGCGUCGAGUGAAGCACGGGUGACGUGGAUGAAGGUGUUGGAGGCGGUCAAUGCGGCAAAGGGCAUUGGCAGUGUGGACGAUCUUGAUAUUGACACAGGCGAGCAAUCAAUGCACCAUGAUGGAGACUUCAUUGAUAUUCGCGACAUCGUGACGUGUGGGCGUGUGAUUGACGAUACAGUCGCCAACAGUUUUGCACUGAUUACGUCACAGAGUAUCUAUCAAUUGGCGGCCGAAACGGCCGGAGAUAUGGAGGAAUGGAUAAGCUACCUACAGCCACUCAAGGACAG